GCGCUGGCUCUUCCCCUAGCUGGACAACCCGAUGUAGUGGACGCCUACGUACGUCUACUGAAAGAUCAAGAGGCUGAGGUGCGUACGGCUGCCUCUAAGGGCAUCCCUGGCUUCUGCAACAACCUAGACGAGGAGAAGCGACAGGACGUCACACUACAGCUUAUCCUCCCGACGGUAAAGGCUCUAGUAAUGGACUCCUCUCAGCACGUGCGAGCGGCACUGGCGUCGCGUAUUAUGGACCUGGCCCCUACGCUGGGAAAGACGCUCACCAUCGAGCACCUGCUGCCACUCUUCUUACAGCUGCUCAAGGACGAGUUUCCCGAGGUUCGGCUCAAUAUCAUCUCCAAGCUGGAGGCUGUGAACUCGGUGAUUGGCAUUGAUCUGCUCUCACAGUCUUUGCUGCCGGCGAUUGUCGAGCUUGCGGAGGACCGACAG